CUAAGCCGAGAGCCCUGCAAGCGAGCUGCAAGUUCUUCAUUUCGACGGGCAGAAUCUUCCCUCGAAACGCUCUAAAGCGAACGGGAUAUUCUUCGACCGGGGAGAACAACAUCCCCCUGCUAAACUUCUACGCAGAAGGAGCUGAUCGUCAGCGUCCGGGAGAUAAGAGGCAAAGGGACCUUCCGAACACCAGAUCACCCAACUCAGCCGACCGCUAUCAGCUCGCCCGCUCCGUUCAAGGACCGAAGAUGAAGAGAGCGCGAGAACGUUUCCAUAGAAACGAGGCGCCUCUCUUAGGAGGCGGGGCAUCGAGGGCCAAUCCACGGCCAGAGAGGCGUGGCGGGGCAGACAGGUGACGAAGCCCCCUGCCGGACAGCAAAGUUCCUGUCUCUGGGCGGGCGGGGCAUCGCAUCACGUGCCAAGGGGCAGUUCGAAAAAGUUGCGAAAGCGCAGAGCGAGGCAUGAAAGGGCCGCCUAUAAAACGAGGAUUAACGGGGGUGGGAGAAGCGAAAAGAAGUGGGAGCUUCAGCGUUAAGGAAGCCGUAGUAGGAGCCUCUGGUGGCGACUAUCUUUUUAGUCCGGGAGGCAGAACUCGCCCAGACGGGCAAUGGGGUGUCUAGAGAAGCCCGAUAUCUUGCAAGAGGCGAAGCCGGAGCUGGUGGAAGCGGAGGCUCCUAACGGGUCAAUCCCGGCACUGGCGCCGGAGGUCCGUCUGACCUGGCGCCGGUGGCUGAUCGUGGUCCUCUUCAGCUCCUACUCCUUCUGCAACGCGUUCCAGUGGAUCCAGUAUGGCAGCAUCAACUUGAUCUUUGCCGGGUUUUACGACGUGACUCCUUUCGCUAUCGACUGGCUCUCCAUGUGCUACAUGAUCGUCUACAUCCCCCUCCUCUUCCCGGUCGCCUGGCUCCUCGAUCUGAAGGGGCUGCGGCUCAUUGCCCUGGCCGGGUCCGCCCUCAAUUGCUUGGGAGCCUGGGUGAAGACGGGGAGCGCGGAGCCCCAUCUCUUCCCAGUCACGAUCCUGGGCCAGAUCAUCUGCUCCCUGGCUCAAGUCUUCAUCCUGGGCAUGCCGUCCCGCAUCGCGUCCGUCUGGUUUGGCCCCCGAGAGGUCUCGAGUGCCUGUUCCAUCGCUGUCUUUGGCAACCAGCUUGGCAUUGCAGCUGGUUUCCUCCUCCCCCCAGUUCUGGUUCCCGAUUUGAAGCAGAAGGAGGAGUUGGCUUACCAUAUUGGCAUCAUGUUUUUUAUCACAGCAGGUGUGGCAACAGCACUUUUCAUCUUAGUUGUCUUUGUGUUUCAGGAAAAGCCUCCAUAUCCCCCAAGCCCAGCCCAGGCAGUGAUUAAGGCAGCAGCUCCAGAGGAAUAUUCCUAUCUGAAAUCCAUCGUCCGGUUAUUUUCUAACAUUAACUUUGUGCUGUUGAUAGUCACUUAUGGCUUAAACACAGGUUGCUUCUAUGCCCUCUCAACUUUGCUAAAUCGCAUGGUAAUGCUGCAUUAUCCAGGAGAAAAUCUAAAUGCUGGUCGAAUUGGUCUUACCAUUAUAGUGGCUGGCAUGUUUGGAGCUUUGAUUUCUGGCAUCUGGUUGGACAGGACCAAAACAUACAAACAGACAACUCUGGUUGUUUACAUCAUGUCAUUUGUGGGUCUGGUUGUCUAUACUUUUACCCUGGAGCUAGGUCAUAUCUGGGUGGUCUUUAUAACAGCUGGUGUACUGGGCUUUUUCAUGACGGGUUACCUACCUCUGGGCUUUGAAUUUGCAGCAGAGUUAACAUAUCCAGAAUCUGAAGGAACAUCGUCAGGCCUUCUUAAUGUUUCUGCACAGGUUUUUGGAAUAAUUUUCACCAUUAGCCAAGGACAGAUCAUUGAUCACUUUGGGACUAAAGCUGGGAAUAUCUUCCUUUGCAUCUUCCUGUUCAUUGGUGCUAUUAUUACGGCUUUCAUCAAACCUGAUCUCCGAAGACAACAGGCCAAUCUGGAUAAUGAACAGGCUAGACUCCAAAGCAGUAACAGUCAGAUAAUGAAUUAUGGAUUUUGUACCUUAUCCCCAUCAUUUCCCAUCCUUGCUCAGUAAUUCACAAACCAAAGAAAUCAGUGGGAGUUGCCUCAGAUCAACACUGCACUGCUAUUUGAAGAAUCAAAUCAUUAAAGGCUGUAAGCGGCUGAAAAGAUAUUGCUAUUCCUGCCACUACUGCCUUAUGUUUGUCUCUCUACCAUCUAGACUUCCAUUACAUAUGGUUUGACCAGGAAACAGUCUACAGAAUAAUGUUGCUAAUGAAAAUGCAAGAUUUUAAAUUAUUCUCAACAGACGAAGUUUUCUGUCCUGUUUAGUGGAAGAAAAUGGAAGAGAGCAGUUGACUUGCCUUGGCACUUAUAAACUGCAUGACUGGAUCCAGUGUUGCUUCUAUCAUAUUCAGUGUGAACUAAGAGUGCUCAUCUGUUCAUCCUUUUGUGUGCCUGUGGACUUGCAGAUUUGGGUGUGAAGUGGAUCUAAAAGAAGAUCCUUGCUCCUUAGGGAGAACCAGAAGCACUUGCUCUGUGAGCAGCCCUAAUGGAAAUGCAACCGUUGAUUUGUGAAUGAGGAAAUUCACUAUCAAUCAAAACAAAAGCAAAAAUGGCUUAGCUUUCUUUUCUUCAGAGUACCUAUUUGUAUUGUAGACUAUUUUUGUGAGCCCAGUCCAACAGAUAAUUAGCUGUUCAGUAUUUUAAAAUGGAGAUUUUUUUAAAAUAAGGUGGCACUUUAGAAAUACGAUUGGGUAACUGAUUUCUAAACCAUAUUUAAGAAAUAGACUAUCUUUUUACCCCAACAUUAUUGCUCUUCAGUAGUGUGACAUUGAAAGGCCACAAGCUGCAGAAGUAAAAAUUAAACAAGGGCUCCAAAUGGCUUUCAUAACAGUCUUCCACAGUAUUUUUCUCAUAACCUCUAAAAUCUGUAAAUGUUUUCUCUCAGUGUUGUACUAGAUAAUGUAGGGUUAAUUGAAAAUUAACCACUAAUCAGCUUUGAGGGGUGGAGAAGUGUAAUCAGUGGCUUAUUUUUUCUUUUAUAUUGCUACAUUUCCCUUUCAAGGAAAGAGGAACUAGGUUAAUUAAAUUGUAGAUGACUGAGUGCCUCUAUUGUACAAAACAAGAGAUGCUUUAAGGAUUUUUUUAAAAA